AUGGCAUCAAACGUAUUGGAAUACGAAGGAUGUAAUUAUUUUAGACAGAGGCUGUUGCAAUCUACUUUAAGUGGUAAAUCGGUUCGUAUUUCAAAAAUUCGGCAUCGGGAUGAAAAUCCAGGUCUUCGAGAACCAGAACUUUGUUUUCUUAAAUUACUUGACAAGAUGACAAAUGGUUCCAAAAUUGUUGUUAAUGAAACUGGUACUUCAAUUUUAUACCAUCCUGGAUUGCUGACCGGAGGAAGUUUUGACCAUGAAUGUCACAAAGACAGAGCCAUUGGAUAUUAUUUGGAACCACUAAUGUGCAUAGCUCCAUUUGCAAAGAAGCCACUAAAGGCUGUUUUACGUGGAGUAACGAAUGAUGAGUAUGAUGCUUCAGUAGACCAUAUCAGAUAUUCCAGUUUACCUGUUUUGAAAACUUUUCUUGGUACAGAUGAAGGCUUAGAAUUAAAGACAACUCGUAGGGGACCAGCACCUGAAGGAGGAGGAGAAGUUGUGUUUACCUGUCCAUGUCGUCAAAAACUUCGUCCAUUCAAUUUCACUGAUCCUGGAAAAGUGAAAAAAAUCCGUGGAACUGCCUGGUGUGUACGUGUUGCUCCUGCCACAGUAAAUAGAUUAGUUGAAGCAGCCCGAGGGAUACUCAACCAGUUCCUCCCAGAUAUCUACAUCCAUACAGACCACUGCAGAGGUAAAGAAUGUGGCAAAUCUCCUGGCUUUGGCCUAACACUUGUAGCAGAAACCACAAAAGGUGCAUAUUUUUCUGCAGAAGCAAUAUCCAAUCCAAAAGGCUCUGACAAAGGACCAUCAACUGCUGAAGAUAUUGGUAUGAAGGCUGCAUAUUUAUUGUUAGAAGAAAUCUACAGGGGUGGUUGUGUUGAUUCCACCAAUCAGAGCAUGGCUGCAUUACUGAUGGUACUGGGUGCACAGGAUGUAUCAAAAGUGCAGACAGGUCCACUCUCUCCUUACACAAUGGGUGUAAUGAAACACAUAAAAGAUUUCUUCCAAGUGAUAUUCAAAGUGGAUGAACAGAAAAAAGAAGACGAAGAAGAAGAGGAAUUAAAGCUGGGUGGAGAGAAGCUCAUUCUAACCUGUGUCGGUAUUGGAUAUUCAAAUGUCAGCAAGGCAAUUUUGUAA